GGGCCAGCCAGUCCCUCCCCUGGUCAGGCCUCUACAGAAGCCUCAGUCAUUUCUAGUACAUGCAAUCAAUAACUUUCACAACCACCGAAGCCCUCAGAAACGGAACAAUUCUUCUAGUUUGGACACAUCUGUUUCUUUCGGAUUAAAUGACCAAAUCAAAUGUCUUAAUUUGACUCGUAUAAGGAGCGGUUUCGGUUUGUAUAAAUUUACGCCUUCAUAAGAACCAGAAACGACAACUUCCUUGAAUAUGUCAGCUAGUUUAGACCUGUGGAAUAUUCCACUGAGAGCGCUGAAUAUCAACGUGAGAAAAAGAUUGGGACUGUUUUUAAAUCCGAAAAACACUGUGGCAUCCGACUGGAUGUCUGUCGCAGAAAACAUGGGUUUCUCUUAUUUAGAGAUCAAGAAUUACGAGGACUGCCAGGACCCGACACGGAAGAUUCUAGAGGACUGGCAAGCACGUUGUCCCGGAGCCAAAGUUGGAAAGUUAGUUUCAAUUCUGGAUAACGUGGACAGAAAGGACGUUGUGGAGGACCUCCGAGUUCUCAUUGAGGAGGACUGUAGGAGGUACAUAGAGAGACAGAAUGAGCCCCCAGUCCAGGUUCCUGAGGUGGACAGCUGUGUUCCCAGAACCCCAGAGAGACAAGGCAUCACCCUGGAGGAUGAUCCAGAAGGGGGUAUACCAGAGAUGUUUGAUGCCUUCAUCUGCUACUGUCAGAGUGACUUUGACUUUGUCCAUGAGAUGAUCCAGCAGUUGGAGCAGACGGACCACAAGCUGAAGCUGUGUGUGUUUGACCGGGACGUCCUGCCUGGAUCAUGUGUCUGGACCAUCACCAGCGAACUCAUCGAGAAGAGGCAGGUUCAGGCCUCCUUUAGGCAACGCCAAAGUGGCGUCGUCGAGAUCCACGGCCACUUAUUGGCUGUGUUCUGUUUCUGUUUAAUGGCUGAUCCUCGUGUUUUCAGAAUUUUAUUCGCUCAAGAGACGGGUUUUGCUAUGCAAGAGCAUGUUACAGCUGAGAGAGUGGUGGUUAUGGCUGGUUAAUACUGUAUGUUGUUGAUCUGUAGGUGGUUAUGGCUGGUUAAUACUGUAUGUUGUUGAUCUGUAGGUGGUUAUGGCUGGUUAAUACUGUAUGUUGUUGAUCUGUAGGUGGUUAUGGCUGGUUAAUACUGUAUGUUGUUGAUCUGUAGGUGGUUAUGGCUGGUUAAUACUGUAUGUUGAUCUGUAGGUGGUUAUGGCUGGAUAAUACUGUAUGUUGUUGAUCUGUAGGUGGUUAUGGCUGGUUAAUACUGUAUGUUGUUGAUCUGUAGGUGGUUAUGGCUGGUUAAUACUGUAUGUUGUUGAUCUGUAGGUGGUUAUGGCUGGUUAAUACUGUAUGUUGUUGAUCUGUAGGUGGUUAUGGCUGGUUAAUACUGUAUGUUGAUCUGUAGGUGGUUAUGGCUGGUUAAUACUGUAUGUUGUUGAUCUGUAGGUGGUUAUGGCUGGUUAAUACUGUAUGUUGAUCUGUAGGUGGUUAUGGCUGGAUAAUACUGUGUGUUGUUGAUCUGUAGGUGGUUAUGGCUGGAUAAUACUGUAUGUUGAUCUGUAGGUGGUUAUGGCUGGAUAAUACUGUAUGUUGAUCUGUAGGUGGUUAUGGCUGGAUAAUACUGUAUGUUGAUCUGUAGGUGGUUAUGGCUGGAUAAUACUGUAUGUUGAUCUGUAGGUGGUUAUGGCUGGAUAAUACUGUAUGUUGAUCUGUAGGUGGUUAUGGCUGGUUAAUACUGUAUGUUGAUCUGUAGGUGGUUAUGGCUGGAUAAUACUGUAUGUUGAUCUGUAGGUGGUUAUGGCUGGAUAAUACUGUAUGUUGAUCUGUAGGUGGUUAUGGCUGGAUAAUACUGUAUGUUGAUCUGUAGGUGGUUAUGGCUGGUUAAUACUGUAUGUUGAUCUGUAGGUGGUUAUGGCUGGAUAAUACUGUAUGUUGUUGAUCUGUAGGUGGUUAUGGCUGGAUAAUACUGUAUGUUGAUCUGUAGGUGGUUAUGGCUGGAUAAUACUGUAUGUUGAUCUGUAGGUGGUUAUGGCUGGAUAAUACUGUAUGUUGUUGAUCUGUAGGUGGUUAUGGCUGGAUAAUACUGUAUGUUGAUCUGUAGGUGGUUAUGGCUGGAUAAUACUGUAUGUUGUUGAUCUGCAGGUGGUUAUGGCUGGAUAAUACUGUAUGUUGUUGAUCUGUAGGUGGUUAUGGCUGGAUAAUACUGUAUGUUGAUCUGUAGGUGGUUAUGGCUGGAUAAUACUGUAUGUUGAUCUGUAGGUGGUUAUGGCUGGUUAAUACUGUAUGUUGAUCUGUAGGUGGUUAUGGCUGGAUAAUACUGUAUGUUGUUGAUCUGUAGGUGGUUAUGGCUGGAUAAUACUGUAUGUUGAUCUGUAGGUGGUUAUGGCUGGAUAAUACUGUAUGUUGAUCUGUAGGUGGUUAUGGCUGGAUAAUACUGUAUGUUGAUCUGUAGGUGGUUAUGGCUGGAUAAUACUGUAUGUUGUUGAUCUGUAGGUGGUUAUGGCUGGAUAAUACUGUAUGUUGAUCUGUAGGUGGUUAUGGCUGGAUAAUACUGUAUGUUGUUGAUCUGUAGGUGGUUAUGGCUGGAUAAUACUGUAUGUUGUUGAUCUGUAGGUGGUUAUGGCUGGUUAAUACUGUAUGUUGUUGAUCUGUAGGUGGUUAUGGCUGGAUAAUACUGUAUGUUGUUGAUCUGUAGGUGGUUAUGGCUGGAUAAUACUGUAUGUUGAUCUGUAGGUGGUUAUGGCUGGAUAAUACUGUAUGUUGUUGAUCUGUAGGUGGUUAUGGCUGGUUAAUACUGUAUGUUGUUGAUCUGUAGGUGGUUAUGGCUGGAUAAUACUGUAUGUUGUUGAUCUGUAGGUGGUUAUGGCUGGAUAAUACUGUAUGUUGAUCUGUAGGUGGUUAUGGCUGGAUAAUACUGUAUGUUGUUGAUCUGUAGGUGGUUAUGGCUGGAUAAUACUGUAUGUUGAUCUGUAGGUGGUUAUGGCUGGAUAAUACUGUAUGUUGAUCUGUAGGUGGUUAUGGCUGGAUAAUACUGUAUGUUGUUGAUCUGUAGGUGGUUAUGGCUGGAUAAUACUGUAUGUUGUUGAUCUGUAGGUGGUUAUGGCUGGAUAAUACUGUAUGUUGAUCUGUAGGUGGUUAUGGCUGGAUAAUACUGUAUGUUGAUCUGUAGGUGGUUAUGGCUGGAUAAUACUGUAUGUUGUUGAUCUGUAGGUGGUUAUGGCUGGAUAAUACUGUAUGUUGAUCUGUAGGUGGUUAUGGCUGGUUAAUACUGUAUGUUGAUCUGUAGGUGGUUAUGGCUGGAUAAUACUGUAUGUUGUUGAUCUGUAGGUGGUUAUGGCUGGAUAAUACUGUAUGUUGAUCUGUAGGUGGUUAUGGCUGGAUAAUACUGUAUGUUGAUCUGUAGGUGGUUAUGGCUGGAUAAUACUGUAUGUUGAUCUGUAGGUGGUUAUGGCUGGAUAAUACUGUAUGUUGAUCUGUAGGUGGUUAUGGCUGGAUAAUACUGUAUGUUGAUCUGUAGGUGGUUAUGGCUGGAUAAUACUGUAUGUUGAUCUGUAGGUGGUUAUGGCUGGAUAAUACUGUAUGUUGAUCUGUAGGUGGUUAUGGCUGGUUAAUACUGUAUGUUGAUCUGUAGGUGGUUAUGGCUGGAUAAUACUGUAUGUUGAUCUGUAGGUGGUUAUGGCUGGAUAAUACUGUAUGUUGUUGAUCUGUAGGUGGUUAUGGCUGGAUAAUACUGUAUGUUGAUCUGUAGGUGGUUAUGGCUGGAUAAUACUGUAUGUUGAUCUGUAGGUGGUUAUGGCUGGAUAAUACUGUAUGUUGUUGAUCUGUAGGUGGUUAUGGCUGGAUAAUACUGUAUGUUGUUGAUCUGUAGGUGGUUAUGGCUGGAUAAUACUGUAUGUUGAUCUGUAGGUGGUUAUGGCUGGAUAAUACUGUAUGUUGAUCUGUAGGUGGUUAUGGCUGGAUAAUACUGUAUGUUGAUCUGUAGGUGGUUAUGGCUGGAUAAUACUGUAUGUUGUUGAUCUGUAGGUGGUUAUGGCUGGAUAAUACUGUAUGUUGAUCUGUAGGUGGUUAUGGCUGGAUAAUACUGUAUGUUGAUCUGUAGGUGGUUAUGGCUGGAUAAUACUGUAUGUUGAUCUGUAGGUGGUUAUGGCUGGUUAAUACUGUAUGUUGAUCUGUAGGUGGUUAUGGCUGGAUAAUACUGUAUGUUGUUGAUCUGUAGGUGGUUAUGGCUGGAUAAUACUGUAUGUUGUUGAUCUGUAGGUGGUUAUGGCUGGAUAAUACUGUAUGUUGAUCUGUAGGUGGUUAUGGCUGGAUAAUACUGUAUGUUGAUCUGUAGGUGGUUAUGGCUGGAUAAUACUGUAUGUUGAUCUAUAGGUGGUUAUGGCUGGAUAAUACUGUAUGUUGAUCUGUAGGUGGUUAUGGCUGGAUAAUACUGUAUGUUGAUCUGUAGGUGGUUAUGGCUGGAUAAUACUGUAUGUUGUUGAUCUGUAGGUGGUUAUGGCUGGAUAAUACUGUAUGUUGAUCUGUAGGUGGUUAUGGCUGGAUAAUACUGUAUGUUGAUCUGUAGGUGGUUAUGGCUGGAUAAUACUGUAUGUUGAUCUGUAGGUGGUUAUGGCUGGAUAAUACUGUAUGUUGAUCUGUAGGUGGUUAUGGCUGGAUAAUACUGUAUGUUGAUCUGUAGGUGGUUAUGGCUGGAUAAUACUGUAUGUUGAUCUGUAGGUGGUUAUGGCUGGAUAAUAAUGUAUGUUGAUCUGUAGGUGGUUAUGGCUGGAUAAUACUGUAUGUUGUUGAUUUAUAGGUGUAAAAGGAUGGUGGUGGUGAUAUCUGAUGAGUACCUGGACAGUGAUGCCUGUGACUUCCAGACAAAGUUUGCCCUCAGUCUCUGUCCUGGUGCCCGGAGCAAGCGACUGAUCCCUGUGAAGUAUAGGUCUAUGAAAAAACCUUUCCCCAGUAUCCUGAGGUUCCUGACGGUGUGUGACUACACACGACCCUGUACACAGUCCUGGUUCUGGGUCCGGCUGGCCAAGGCCCUCUCCCUGCCCUGAAUGGAUCGUACAGACUUACAGCAACCAAUCAGCACAAGGGGCCUGCCCCUCUCCAGCGGGAACAGGAAGAGUCAGCUCGGUGAUACUGUUACUUUACUGGGGACCGUUGAUCGCCACAGUUCAGUUGACAUAUUUUAUAUCGAUUCAUAUUUUAUAUUGAUUCAUCUUUUAUAUCGAUUCAUAUUUUAUAUCGAUUCAUAUUUCAUAUUGAUUCAUAUUUUAUAUUGAUUCAUAUUUUAUAUUGAUUCAUAUUUUAUAUUGAUUCAUCUUUUAUAUUGAUUCAUCUUUUAUAUUGAUUCAUAUUUUAUAUUGAUUCAUAUUUUAUAUUGAUUCAUAUUUUAUAUUGAUUCAUAUUUUAUAUUGAUUCAUAUUUUAUAUUGAUUCAUCUUUUAUAUUGAUUCAUAUUUUAUAUUGAUUCAUCUUUUAUAUUGAUUCAUAUUUUAUAUUGAUUCAUUUCUUAGUUAGAACAGUUUGUGUUGUACAGUUUGUGUAUUGUAGCAGUUUGUGUAUUGUUCAGUUUGUGUAUUGUUCAGUUUGUGUAUUGUUCAGUUUGUGUAUUGUUCAGUUUGUGUAUUGUUCAGUUUGUGUAUUGUUCAGUUUGUGUAUUGUUCAGUUUGUGUAUUGUUCAGUUUGUGUAUUGUUCAGUUUGUGUAUUGUUCAGUGUGUGUAUUGUUCAGUUUGUGUAUUGUUCAGUUUGUGUAUUGUGUAUUGUUCAGUUUGUGUAUUGUUCAGUUUGUGUAUUGUUCAGUUUGUGUAUUGUACAGUUUGUGUAUUGUAGCAGUUUGUGUAUUGUUCAGUUUGUGUAUUGUUCAGUUUGUGUAUUGUUCAGUUUGUGUAUUGUUCAGUUUGUGUAUUGUUCAGUUUGUGUAUUGUAGCAGUUUUCUGAACCCACAGAGGGAGUUGCUGAGGUACUCUCCACCUUUUGUCCUCAUCACUGAGAGCCUGAUGGCUCCUUCACUCAUUACUGAUAGAUUGAUUUGGGUUUAAUAUGAGAUUUCAUUCCAUCGAAAACCUUUUAUAUGUUUUUAAUAUGAUAUUUUAUUCUGAGCCCCAUCGCUCAUAUGGACCAAAUAUCAACCUGAAUGAAUAAAUGCUGGGGUUUUUUAUAUUCCAUUUUUUCACCUGUUAAGAAUAUUGUAUAGAUCAGAUGUCUGCAUGGUUGGCAACACAUUUUACAAUUAUUUAGCUGUUUGUUUAUCUGAUGGGCCGGCUCUUUAGUUUCCACAUCCUCCUUCCUCCUGUCAUGGCGGCCAUGUUGUCUCCUCAGAUGAGAGAUAUCAGCAUGUGACUUCCUCCUGUCAUGACGGCCAUGUUGUCUCCUCAGAUGAGAGAUAUCAGCCUGUGUCUUCCUCCUGUCUUGACACCCUGUUUCAGUACAGAGCGGAGAGACUGACACCUGGCACAUUCACCACACUUUAUAAAGCUGUAUAAAUCCACCAAUACCAAAAUCUACCAAAACUGUAAAAAAAAUGUAAAGAAAUGGGAGAAGGACAGAAAGUGAUAAGGGACUUUGUCAGUGAUGUAGCUGGCCAUUUCCAAAUGGACUCGUAGUGGGUUACUCAUGCGCCCUUCUCUGGUAACUACUGGAUGUAUAUUUUGUGUUUCUUCAUUUCAUCUGCACUGUUUUUCUAUUAAAAAACAUCUUUAUUAAGCUUC